AUGGGCAACCUCCAAACGGUCAAGGAGGCCCUCAACGCUUUUAUCAAGACCAAGCCUCUUCUUCCCACCUCCCGCCAUACGUCACCCGAAGACCGCUCCCGGAUCACGGAGGCGAUCGUUGCCCUACACUCCGCACUCGACAGACUCGCGCCGCGCUCACGUAAACGCAGGGAGGGCAGCCAGGAGGAGAAGCGCUCCAACUGGCUUGACGAGGAAGGCGUCUACCUCUGGAACCUUGCCCUCGCCGCCCAUGGCCGCAUGACCCCAGAACCUGACUCGAGUGACCUUCUCCUGCUGGCUCACGUCAAACAUGCGGCUUUCAAGUUCAUCGAGGCGGCGACGGACUCGUCAGUGCUUGAGCAGAAAAUCAUGGAGGCUUCACUUUCCCCCGACUCGAUUGAGACUCAAGAGCGGUUGCAAGCGCUACUCGGUUACUACGCCUCCCGAUGCGAGGCGGCCAUGGAGGAGAAUAACGACUCGCUGGGCUUUAUCAUGCUCGAAAAAGCUGCCGAGCUGGUCGUGAACCAUGACAUGGACUCCGAGAGUGUGAAUUUUCCCUCUAGGGAGCGGUUGCUGAUAGGCGAGCUUCAGAUCGUUGCUCACCAAUAUUGGGUAUUCGGCAACAGGCUGCGCGAGAGUGAUGCUCCUGAGGCUCAGCCAUCGGACUGGCUUCAGAAAGGGCUCGAACUGGUCGCCAAAGCGGAGGCUAAGGGUGUUACUCCCGGACUGCAGGACCUCCAAGCCACAGCCCGUGUGGAGCUGGCAAAGAGCAACAUUGACAACCUUGAGCGCGCGAGUGUCAUUCUAGAGAAGCUGGGAGCUGUUUCCAGCACCUUGGACCCAGCGAGUGUGCAAGAGGUCAAGAUCCUCAAGCUCCACAUGCUUCAAUGUCAAGGGGCCAAUGAGGGCAGCAUCCGUCUUGAGGACGUCAUCGGCCUCGUCCAGUGGAGUGAGGAUGGUGUCAAGGGCAACGACCUCCAAUCCCUAGGACGUCAGCAGCUCCUAACACAAUCUGUGUCCAACCACGCUGGAUUUAGCUUUAUCUCCGAGAUUCUUCUCAGCAUCCUACUCUCCUGUCGGAAGCUGAGUGAGGACUUCCAGGCUGCGCAUCGCGUGGCCGCGCAGGCACUGGAUAAGCUCGCAGUCGCUGGACUAGGCAUCCCUGACAGGACCGAAGCCAUUGCCUGCCAGACGAUCCUUUGGAGUCUAGGCGAGACGCUGUACAAGGCGACCAACUUCAAGCAGGCGGCACAGUGGUUUGUCCUUGGAGCGCACUCUGCCUUCAGGCCAGGGGGAAUUGAGAACUUCAGCAAGUGCCGCCGCAAAGCAGUCCUAGCCUAUAUCAACGGCGGUGACGCAGAGCGGGCGAAGGAACAGCUCCAAGAGUGUCCAGCCGGGGAGGCUUCGACACAGUACCUCAGCUUCCUCGUCGCGAUCAACACAAGCCGAGAGAUCGCGGCAACCACUGCUAUUGAGCAGAUUCUGAACUGUCCAGACCUGGACGGUAAGCAGCUUCUGCUGAUGGGCCAGGCAGCGCAAGAGAAGGGCAUGAAAGUUGCACUCUCCGCAGCCCUCAACGCUCUCCUGACUGCUAUGACUCGCGGCGAUGGGACAGGGACGGUCGCCGUUCACGCGCUGACCCUUAUUCGCUGUCUCAUGGAAAUGAAUCUGGCAGAGAUUCACAAGGCCGACGACAGCGAGCGCGGCAGCCUCCUCGACACGUUCUCUUAUCACCUCCAGAUCGGUCACAAAGUCAUUGACGAGCUCCACCAGAGAGGUGAAGCGGCCGACUAUGCCAAGCCCAUUGCUUGGGUUUACAAGACAGCAUACAAUGCUGGGGUUCAAGCUGCCAUGUCCUGGGGCCCUGGCCUCGCCGCCGAUAUCUUUGAUAGCGUGUCCCAGGAAAGUACCGCUUUACGCAAAACUAACGGUCAGAUCAUGGAUAUCAUGCAGGGAAUGCCUGAGAUCGAUGCAGACGUCGAGCUUCCCAUUCAGCGCGCAACUGCCAUGUUCGCUUGCUUCACUGGCAAGGUCGAGGUGUAUCGGAGAAUGAACGAGGGCGAGGAUAAGGGAGAGAAGAUUGGACAGAUGGGAAUCGCACUUUCGAUUCUGGAAUCUGAGCUUCUGUGCGAGCAGGGCAACUGGGAGCGACUGGAACAGGUGAUGGAGAUCGCGAUCAGUAACAAUGGCGCGAGAGGAAGAAGCAGCACCUUAGAAGCGGUGGUGACGGUGCUGGCGCAGUAUCCCCAAUGCCCAACACGUCUGUCGAUCAAGAUGCUCGAGCGCCUCCUCGAGACGCUCUCGCCCGAAUCGGAAGAUGAGGGUUUCAAGCUCGCUCGCUGGACGCAUCACCUUGUCGUAACUCUCCUGAACCGCGGCACGCCUGAAGACACGGAGAGAGCGUACCACUACCUGUGUCAAGUCAUCGAGGUUCAGGGUAGCGACACACGCCACGUCUUCCCAGACGAGGAGUACAGAUGGUUCGCGAGUGUCGCGUAUUCCAGCGGCAUGAGCAAGUUCAAUCGUAUUGAAGGAGCGCGGGCCAAGUACAAUGACAUGGUCAGGCGUUACCAGAUGGUGCAGCAGCGGUUCGCCCGCCGUUAA